AUGCACAAGGAGCACACCGUUGCAGAGUUUAUUGAGUUCUGCGUGAAUGGCCGCAACGACAAGUCUGGCACGUGGACCUCCAAGGGCGUUGGAAAGUACUUGGAGGGUGGCAAGGAAGCUGGUGGACAGUUGGUGGAUCAGCGCUUUUGCCCCCGCAUUGUGGAAGGUGAGUUGCGCUACAACCUCGUUGGUGAUUCCCUGAUUGGAGUCAUCCACAAGAAGCCCAAGGAGGGAGGAAUCUCGGCUGUGGGUGGAACCGGCUCCAUCUACACCUUUUAUGGACCUGAUGAGCCACUUUUCAAAAGCUUGACCGAGAAUUUCUUGCAAAAGGACCUGCCCCACGUCAUGCCCUCGCUUGACUUGGCCGAAGAACCUUUGCCACUUUGGUGGACUACUGACUUCAUCAACGCCUCACCACCAGGAACCAAGGCUGAGGAUGAGAAAUGGAUCGUCGGCGAGUUCAAUUGCUCCUGCGUUGGCAUUUCGCGCUGCUUGGCCGCCUACUGCAAGGAUGACACCCCCAACGCCAACUGGGAUGAUAUCUCUGCGGAGGACAAGGCUGAGGCGGUUCUGUUGGUGGUUGCAUUGAAGGAAUCCCAAGUGCCAUCCUGGAGAACCGCCUGUGUGGAGAUUGCUGCAGCCUUGAAGGAAUUGCCCGCAGACCAUCUUGCCAAGAUUAAGGAUGCAUGCAUGGAGAAGAAACCAUGCCCCGGCCCUGUCGAUUGCAGCUCCAUCACGGUGGUUGCCAAAGACUACAAGGGUAUGCUAGAUCAGCCUUCAGCUCCAAAGUUCAAGGGGGCUUUGGCUCAGAUCUAUGUCCGAAGCCAGCCUUACGGAGGUUCAGACAAGAGCAACAACGGCCAUCGUUACGAUUCCAUUCCCAUUGUGAAUGGAAUGAUCAACUCGGGAAUGAGCUGCCAAUUGAUUCAUUAUACUCAUGAAGAACAUGACAAGUUCUUCGAACUUUGCAAAAAUUUUGACUUCGUCAUUGUGAGGUGCAACCCCGGGCAGAUCAAAGCGGAUGGUGGAGACCAGCAAAAGUUCGAUGAUGGCAUGCGUGCCUUGAGAAAGGCGGGCAAACAGAUUUGGCCAUCCCCGGAUGUCAUGGAGAAGAUGGGUGCCAAGGAUGCUUUGUGCAAGGUGGCGACCAUGAACAUUGGUUUGGAGGACACUUUGGCAUACUACUCGCCCGAAGAGUUCGCCGCCGGCUUCAAGAAGACCAUGGCCUUCCAACCGCGUGUGAUCAAACAGAAUCGAGGCUCUUCUGGGGAAGGUAUUUGGAUCAUCAAACUCAAGGACGAAAAUUAUUGUAAAUCUUAUGGCGAGAGGUCCUGCGAGGAUGGUGAGAAACUCCUUCUCAUGGAGGCCAAUGACAAUCACGAGGAGGAGUGGAGUGGGUUUCUUUUGGAAUUUUAA